AUGAAUAAAUUAACAUUAUUACUGGUAUCAGUCAUAUUAGUGAAUUAUGUGUGUUCAUACAACUUACUUUUAGUGUUUCCACAUCCUGGCAGAAGUCAUGCAAUUUUAGGAGCUGGUUAUGUGCGUCAUUUACUGAACGCUGGUCAUGAGAUAACCUAUAUAACUCCAGUACCAAUUGAACCUCAUCCCAAACUAAAACAAAUAGAUGUUUCUUCACAUUUUGCUGCAUUUGAAAAAGAGUUAAAAGUUACUAAUUACGAGUCCUUAAAAACAUUUGGAGAUGACGUUAGAAAUUCAGAAUACCUGUAUAACCUAUUGUUGGACUUACAAAAUAAAUGUGUCAGCGAUGAGAAUAUUCAGAAGUUCCUUAAAGAGAAUAACGAGAAGUUUGACCUGGCCAUUAUCCAAUGGUUGUAUUCAGAAUUCAACUCCGGAUUUGCAGCGGUUUUUAACAUACCAUACAUAUGGGCAUCAUCUUUUGAGGUUCAUCCAGCGAUUUUAAGUUUGAUCGAUGAACCACAGAGUCCUGCAUACUUUAGAGAUCACAUCUCACCAGUUACUCCACCUUUAACAUUUAUUGAACGCGCAAAUGAAUUGUGGUUACUCAUUCAAUUGUUCCUAACUAGACGGGGAUUGACAGAUAAAAGUGAAAAAGCUUUUAGUAAAGCAUAUGGUCCAGCUGCAGACAAAAGGGGAAUCACUUUACCGACAUUAGAAGAAUUUAAAUAUAAAAGUUCUUUGGUGUUCGGUAAUUCUUAUCCAAUUGUAGGUGAAGCUUACAAGCUCCCACAAAAUUAUAUUCCAGUUGGUGGAUUUCAUAUAGAAGAAAAUGUUAAGCCUUUACCAGAGAAAAUUCAAAAGAUAAUGGAUGAAAGUGAAAAUGGUGUCAUUUACUUCAGCAUGGGUACUGUUAUUAAAGCCAAAACCAUGCCUAUCAAAAUGAAGAUGGAUUUACUAAAAGUAUUUAGAGAAUUAAAACAGACGGUUAUUUGGAAACUCGAAGAAGAUUUACCGGAUAUGCCAGAAAAUGUUCAUAUCUUGAAGUGGGCGCCUCAGCAGAGUAUAUUAGCUCAUCCUAACUGCAAGCUCUUAGUCUCACACGGAGGCCUCCUGUCAAUUUCGGAGGCUUUACACUAUGGGGUACCAAUCGUCGGUAUUCCCCUAUUUGCGGACCAUCAUGUCAAUAUGAUAAGAGCUGUCAAAAGAGGAUUUGCUUUACAACUUGACCUGAGUGGUGAAAUGACAGAAAAAUUGAAGAUUGCUAUUCAUGAAAUGCUAUCAAACCCCAAGUACCGUGAGAAAGUGAAAGACUUUUCCUUCAUUUAUCGUCAUCGGCCCCUUAAACCUGGAGCAGCAAUUGUUCACUGGGUAGAACACGUUAUUAAAACGAAAGGAGCACCUCAUCUACGGUCACCAGCUCUAUAUGUUCCUUUAUAUCAAAAAUUAUAUUUGGAUUUGAUAGCACUAUUAAUUACUGGUAUUUUAGCCUUAGUCGGUUUACUGAAAAAAAUGUUAAGUUAUUUAAGGAAAAAUAGGAAAAACAUCAAGGUCAAGAAAAAUAAAUAG